CAAACUCAGAACCUCCAGCUCUCCGGCUGAGUCCUCCCAUCUACCAUGAAGUUCUCUGCUGCCUGUCUGAGCCUGCUGCUCACAGCUGCCAUCCUCAGCACCCAACUGCCUGCUCAGCCAGUUUCGGUCUCCAUCCCCGUCACCUGCUGCUUUGAUACAGUACAAAAGAAGAUCCCCAUGAAGAGACUGCAGAACUACACAAUGGUCAACAAUAGCCAUUGUCCUCAGGAGGCAGUAAUCUUCAAGACCAAGCUGGGAAAGAAAAUCUGUGCAGACCCCAAGAAGAAGUGGGUCAAGACUCUUAUGAAGCGCCUGAACUCAAAAUCCCAGAAGCUGAAAAGCCAAAGCCGAAAGUCUCCACGCCUGGGCUGA